AUGCCCAGAGUCAAGGCCUUGACUACGGGCUCGGUACCUUCGUUCCUCGAUGUCAUUCUCAACUUCGCCGAGAGCGACACCACUUCGUCGCUGGCCACUCAGGAUACGUGGCUCGCUCAAGCAAAGGCAAAUCUCGACAACAGCAACCUCGUCUUCUACGGCGACGAUACCUGGCUGAAGCUCUUUCCCGACUGCUUUUCUCGACACGACGGCACUAGCUCCUUCUUCGUCUCUGACUUCACCGAAGUCGACAACAACGUCACGCGACAUGUACCAAGAGAGCUGGAACAACCUGACUGGGAUGUCAUGAUUAUGCAUUAUCUUGGUCUGGAUCACAUUGGUCACAAAGCUGGNCCCCUGAGCCCCAACAUGCUACCAAAGCAGAAAGAGAUGGAUGAGAUUGUCAAGCAGAUAUACGAAGCUAUCGAGAUCAACGACCACCUCGACGAUACCCUGCUCGUUGUGGCUGGUGACCACGGCAUGAACUCUGGAGGCAACCACGGAGGUUCUGCCCCUGGUGAGACCGAGCCCGCUCUGGUCUUCAUCUCGCCCAAGUUCAUCGAUCUAGACAAGCCAGUCUAUCAAGCUCCCACCGAUCCUAAAAAAGGUACCGAGUUUGAGUUCUACCGCAAGGUUGCUCAAAACGAUGUUGUACCUACGCUCUCCGCUCUUUUGGGCAUCCCCGUUCCUCGCAACAACCUUGGUAUCAUCAUCCCCGAGAUGCUAGGCUUCUGGAAGACAACUGCUAGCAGUACCGGCUUGAACGUUGCCGCUGAGUUGCUCUACAGGAACGCUCUACAAAUGCUUGGCAUCAUCAAGGCCAAGUUCGGCGACUCCGAAGCUUGGAAGUACGAUCCAAAAUCUCAGGGCUCGAUUCAGAUGGAUUGUCAAGAUUUUGGAGACGAGGAGAGACUGAAGUGCCGAUGGUUUUUGGUCAGAGACGCCCUAUCUCGUAGUCUGCAACCAGGAGAGCUUGUCGCUUCGGUCGUCCAUCUGAAUGAGGUUUGUACAGCCGAUCCAUUACAUCCCAUAACUUGCACUAACCCUGCUUAG